GUGGUGCAUGAGCACGUAUGGCAGAGACUAGAAAGCAAGAUAAGAGAGCUUGGAUUGCCCCGGUAUCUAAGAGUUGGCCGUAUUCCAUCAAAUCGGACGUUCGAGCUAUGCUGCGGCUAUCUUUCGUCGAUGUUAAAUGUAUAUGCAUCGUAUGAAGAAUAAAAUUGUGAUCUCAUCACGCUUACCAAUAUAAAGACGCGUGGCAUGAAUUUUUAAUAGACUGCCUCGCAGCUAACAAAUGGUUUCCUGACAUGAUGGAAAGCAAGCUAUAUGUGAAAAAUGAGCCGGGACUUGAGGGGCAAUCACUUGCAAACUCGCAGGCGAAUCAGCUGGGAGCAGAUGACACUGGUGGAGGUGCAAGAGUAUGUUUUGUCUGUGGUACAAUAGGUCAUAGCGAUCAGUAUUGGUUACGAGUUAAACCAUUACCUGGUAGUGCUCCCAGCGAACCUUACUUUCCAUUUUUGGAAUCACAUGAGCCACCUGCUGGCUAUCGGGGAGAAGGAGCCCGAAGUGGUGCUGUUAAAGCUUGUAGUUUGUGCUAUGCAUUGCUGCUUCAACAAUGGGAGAGUUACGAACGUGAUGCAAGGCCACACAGUCAAAGAAUUUAUUGGUUAAAAAGAUGUGAUGGAGGUCCAUUCACUGGAGCCGAGAUGGCUCUUCAGGGUGAAUAUGCUGCUCAAGUUCUCGGUUUAACUAGUGAUCAAUCUCUGCAAAGACCGGAGCACCGUCCAGUAGGUAUGUCUCCAAGACUUCCACCCAAUUCACCUUCACCACGAGUCACUGAACAAACAAGACCACCUUCAAAUUCAAUUGAACUGCCGAGACCGCAUUCAAACACGGCCGAAACUGCCAGACAUAUAGAACAAGUACGACUCACUAUGGAAUCUCCACAUCAGCGAUUACAAUCACCACAUCAACGACUUCAGAGUCCACGUCAACCUCUAGAAGAGCCUCGUGUGUCUAAUGAAGCAGCUCUAGACUUACGACACGCUCCAAGAAGUUCGCCAGCUCCCCAACCUCCCUUACAAUCCCAACCUCAAGGAGUUUACAGUGGAGGAUCAUCUUCAAGUGCUGGUACAGAUAUCUUAGAUCUGUCUAUGCCAGAUAAAAAUUCUAUGACUGAAGUUUGUUAUGUAUGUGGAGAUGAAUUUAAAAAAGGAUCACUCAGUCAUAUAGCAGCUAAACCACUGCCAACACCACCUCAUCCUUCAAGUAGCCCACCUCCAUUUUUUCCUUCUCUUAUGCUACAUCCAAGACCGAGUAAAAGUCGGCCAAUGGACAGUGCUGGUCGUGUUCAGGCUUGUACCGCGUGCCAAAAUCAUCUUUUACUUCAAUGGAAAGCAUAUAAACGACAAGGAGUGCCACAUGGAGAUCGCAAUUAUACUUUAAGGAAACGUCAAGCCCCAGCUGUAGAUCCAACUACAUUUAUUUGUUAUACUUGUGCACUAGAAUAUCCCUCAUCCAGUAUUAGAUUGCUCUACUGUUGCCCUAACCCAGAGAAAGAAGCAUACUUUCCUUUUAUUUGUUCUUUACGACCGCCUCCCGGAGCUAGUCCUAUAAGUCCUCAGGGGAUGGUGCAAGUUUGCUCCAUCUGUUAUAAAGCCAUACCGCAAAAGCAACAAGUUUUUGGUGGUGAAAAUAGUGAGAUUCAACAGACUGGUGGACAACAGAGUGGAGAAUUUCGUCAACAGGGCCCUUCACCAAGACCUGUUGUUGCUAAAUCUCCAGCAAAUUCAGCUGGUAGUGAUAUCCGUUUUAAACCGUAUGAUUUAAAUAAAACACCGAGUGUAGGAAGUAAUAAACCACGUAGUGCUAGUGUUAAACUUCCAAGUUCAACUCAGAGAAAUGUACCAAGUGGUGCGCCUACGGAAAAUGGUAAUGUAACACUCGGUCAAAAUUACAGGUGCUAUAUAUGUGAGCGACUGUAUCCACGUGCCCAAAUGGAGUGGUUAUCUACCAGUCCCGAAGGUAUGAAUUCUCAUGCGAUGCAUUUUCCUUGUUUGAGAGGGAUGGCACGUACUUCAGAAAACGCCUGCAUGGAUAGUCAUGGUAGAGUUUUGGCAUGCAGUCACUGUGUUGAUCAUUUAGCCCAACAGUGGGAAAGUAUGGAUGCCGAGCGUGUUCCUCUUGAACGAAGAAGAUAUGAUAUACCUAGUCCACAUCCUAAUGGUGAUGUCAAUCGUACUGCUGCUACACCACCAAGUUCAAAUUCUGAUCGAACGUAUGUUAGUAACCCCGGAACAUCAAGCAGUUCUAUUUACUGUUUCUUGUGUGGUCUUCAUAGUGACUUGACAUUAGCACGGGUAUUAUAUAGUCGUCCACAAGGGCGUAAUGCUCCUUUUUUCCCUGAAUUACUUCGCCAUCAAUCGCCUCAAAAUGCUGAACAACUUCGUGAAGAUGGUUCUGCUCUUGUUUGCACCUUUUGUUAUCAUACCUUACUGGCUCAGUGGCGAAGAUAUGAAUCUUUGCCUGCUGGACAACAAGUUAAUGCUCCAGAAAGACAGUAUAAUACCCACGAUUAUUGGUGUUAUGUAUGUGGUAUUACGACAUAUCGUAGGAGAGUACGAGCACUUCCUGUUAAAGAUUUCCCAUUCUUGAGGUAUCAUCGUCAACCGGAAAAAAGUUUGUUAUUAGAAAAUGGUGAUUUUGCUGUAGUUUGCUUAGACUGUUAUGAAACUCUGCGUACACAGAGUUUAGAAUAUGAAAGAUGGGGUCUUCCUGUUGAAAAGAGAGAGUAUAACUGGAUUGUACAACCACCUCCUCCGGAAGAUAGUCCGGAUGCUUCUAUAGCUAGAUUGCCUUCUGGAGAACGUUCUGAAAAAGUAGUUCCGCCAACAUUGACUGUGAGACCUGCACGUAAAAACUGUUCACCAAAAGCUCCGGAAAAGAAACUAACGCCCAAGUUACCAGAAAAGGAACAACCAGGUCUUCAACCAGCGAGUACAAAAGCACAGACGAGCACAGUUGGUAAAUCCCACAGACCAAGUUCUGGUGUAUUACCUCAAGGACAUACUCCAGGUCCUGGGCCAGGUCCAGGUGGUCAACAGAAUAGUAGAAGUUUUGCUGCAGCUUUAAGAAACCUCGCCAAGCAGGCAGGACCGGCUCCUCAGGAUGAGGAACCAAGAGCAAGUCCAAAGAAUCGAGCGCCACCACCUCUUGUUCGAGGACCCUCUCCUGCUAAGGAACGGUCUGCUCAUGAACGUCGACCGGAGGAAAUAUCAUCAAUGUACACAACAGCAAGACCAGCAGAGAAUAGCAAGCAUAGUGUAACUGCUGCAGCUUCCGAAUUACUUGCUCGUUCCGGUUUUCAGCCGUAUCGGCCGGAACAUCAUCCAACACAGCCACCUCCGGCAUUUACUCUUGAUCCUGCAGCUUAUAGUCCUUAUCAUCAUGGUCUCUAUCCACCACCUCAUUUUCAACACGCUUAUAGGUUAGAGGAACAAUUGUAUUUGGAAAGAGUGGGUAUGUUGAGGCCUCCAUUAUUUCCAGGACUACCCUCUUAUCCUCUUUAUGGAUUAAGAUAUAGUCCUGACAUGUUACCACCAGCUUCACUUGGUCUUAUGUCUCCUGUAAUGCAUGAAAGGUUGAAAUUAGAAGAAGAACAUAGACUGAGACAAGCUAGAGAGCAGGCUGCUCUACGAGAGGAGGAAGAGAGGAGAAGAGCAGCACGUAAUUCAGCUUCCACUGCACCUGUUCCAGCACCAGCUCCAGCGUCUGCGGAUACUGCAGCUAGGAAGCCGACCAUAGCGACGCAGUUGCAUAACGAGAGGGAACGAGACCGAGAACGAGAAAGACCAAGUUCGCAAAAUAAUGUCAAUACCGACAGUGUCAUCUGUAAAACAAGUCAUAAUCAAACAAGAAAAGAAGAUCAGCAGCCAACGUUGGCUACUGAAUCAAAUACUGCAUCUGUUUAUCACCAUCCAAGACUUGCUCCAACAUUUUCAAAUCCAUCAGCGCCUCUUGUCAGUGGUUUAAACACACCUGCGAUAGUUUCCGUCAGCUCGGCGUCUAUAGCUCCGUCUCUUGGAUCGACUCUACCACCUUUAAAUCUUGGACCACCUUCAAUUGCGCCACCUCCACCCCCUAUUGGUCCCACUCCAAUUCCUUCAAUUCCAUCUUUAGCGCCGGGAAUCCCACCACAACCUCCUUUAAAUAUGCCUUUAGCUCCGAUGAUGGGCCUUCAUUUGGCUCCUCCUCCCCCUCCUCCGCCCAAUACCAUUCAUUCUAGUCAGCACUCGAACUCGUUAUUGAGUAGCGUCAGCACAUCCACAACCGUGUCAUCUACUUAUCCGGUAUCUCACGCUCCUCCUCUUUCAUCAGUUCAACAGCAGCAUCAACCACUUCAACCACAGCAUAAUUUACCUAGUGGGUUUACUACAACUACCAAUUCACUACUGGCUAGUGGAACGAUGACAACCCAUGCAACCGCCACAUUAGCAACACCUGGUGCUGCUCCAUCGGUUAAUGUUAAUAAUGUGUCACAUAGUACCAGCCAUAGCUCGUCCAAAAUCAAAGAAGCAUCAUUGCAACCAACUACUAUAGUUACAACGUCUUAUGCAACGUCUGUAGUUUCGUCAGCACCUGUGCCAACAACUGCAGUAACUACCUCGACUCCUACGCAACCUGCUUUUGUGCGACCUUUUGAGGACUCUUUUAGGUCUUCAUCUAAACCUCCUCAAACUUGGUCAAUUGUCAGUAAUCAUAACCCAACCAUGACUAGUCAAAUAAAUCAUCAGGAAAUAGUUAAACCAUCAGUCAGUACGCCAGGUACAAGUGCUUCAAAUUUUCCUACAGAUACUACGCCAGCAGAUAGUUCAAAAACUUCUAUUUACACUCACCAGCAGUUUCAUUCUCACAUUCCUGUGUCAAAUACCUCGAGUCUAUAUAAACCACAGGCAUUCUCAGCGUCAUUGCAACAGCAACAUUCACAGUCAUCUGGAAAACAAACUACGCCAAUUUCAUUAUGUUCAACGAAUGGUGAUACUACAAAAGUUGGACAUUUUAACAUUAAUGGCACCAAACUAUCCAACUCAAUUUCUACUGAUGGCCAUGAUACAUUUGGAAUUUCGCAGAAGAACGGAGUCCCACUUGAUAAUGGGAUCAGUGUUCACGAUAAAUCAUCGACAAGUGUCAAUUACUACAACAGCGACAAUAAUUUUACUACAGCUACAGUCAAGCAUGUCAAUUCUAAUCAUAAAAAUUCUCCUGAUGUUCCAAAGGAAAAUAAAAUACACAAUGAUACUACAUCAAGUGUACCGUCUAAACAAAUUAAUCAAACUCGACCAACAUGUAAUUCCUCUGAUGAAAAUCCAAUUGUAAAUGCAACAAAUGAAAGUAAUAAAGAUCGAGCGAGUCCUGUAUCAGUAAAAUCAACGAGUUCAGUUAGUGGAGAAAAAAAUGGAAAAAUUGAACCUGUUAAAGUAACACAAGAUUCAUCGAUUAUUUCAACAACUGUAGCUGUACCAUAUCCACCAGGCAAUUCAACCUUUCCCAUCAAUGACAUCACUCCUAAAGAUCCACUUGAUGCAAGUCUUCUUCAAAGUAUCAAAUCCGAAGAGGUCUUGCGCACAUGCCAGAAUGUAUCGAAUGUUCUUCUUCAAAUUCCAAAAUACCAAGAAAUAUUAUUGAAUUUUUCUAAUAAUGAACUAAAAGGAUAUUAUUGUUACACCGACAAGUGCAAUAAUUUGACUGAAAUUUCCGUCAAGUGCGAACCACCUGUGCUCAAUGUUCCUAAUCCUACUAAAGCUCUUAAUAAAGUAGAUAAUAUUAAUGACAAAUCACGAUUAUCUCCUAAAAAGCCAAAGCAAAUUACAUCUUCUCUAGAUCUCGCAGAGAAACGUCGAAAACGUAAGAGAGAACAAAAUGCCAGUAUUGCCUGUAGUUCAGAGUCUGAAGGUGAAGAAGAAAUAAAAGAUGUUGAUCUAUGGAUCACCAAAGGACCACCAGCUAAGCUAUCGUAUUCUGAAGAAAAACUUUCUUUUCUUGCCAUAUUCGGCCUUACUACUCUCAGUAUAAGAAAUGAAAUCGAGCUAAGUAAAUUGGAAAAACGCUACCGAUUAAAUCCAGAACCUCCAGAAGUUCCUCUUGACAAUAAUGAGUCUCCAGUUGAAUCAAUUUUACCUAUUCCAAAAGAACAUCCAGAUGUAUUGAUAAAUUGUUCAGAUUUCAUGCCUAAAGUUGGAUUUCUCAGAUCUAUUGGACUCGAUGUUAUGCCACCUAAUAAGAGGGAUGAAGCGGAAAUUACAUGGCAAUACGUGUUAAGAGAUCGAAAGAAGCGUAAAAGUACGAAUACAGUAACAGUCUAUUGUGACAGAAUAGCUCAGGAAUACUCUAAAAAUCCUCCAGCUUCACCAAAACCACCCCAGAAAAUGAGAUUACUGGAUAAAAUAAAAGUAAAACCACCAGUUGGUCGAGCGCCUUUACUACCACCACUAAUACCAAGCUUCUUUUCCCCUUAUUUUUCUAUACCUGGUGAAAAUGGCAUACGACAACCUUAUAAAAUAGUCAAUAUUCACGAGAAUGAUGAUGAUCAAUUGAGUGAAAAAAAUGAAAAAUUAAGUUGGACUAAUAUUGAAGAUAUUAUGACAGCUUACAACGAAUAUUCGAAAGAAAAAUCAUUGGAGCGAAAAGUACUAACGGAACACAUGUCAAAGUUAAUAGCACGUGCAAACGCGUUGCGAUCAGAAGCAAUCCAAUUGGAACGGGUUAGAAACGAAUUGCUAGCUACUAAAUCAUCAAUUGAGUCUGAAAGACGUAGUAUCAGUGAACAAAUCGAUAGGAUAAAUGCACUUGCAAGGGGUUAUAAAAAGAGAUAACGAUGCGCAACGCACAACACGGAAACUCUUUCAUCUGUGAUAUUAUCGGCGGGUUAAGGGUCGUCGAAGUGCGGAUAUCCACCGAAAUAGUAGAAAUAUGUUGUAUGUACUUAGCAGUUUCAUAUUAUUAAGUUAAUAAGCAGACAGUUAAUUGACCAAAUGUAUGUACAGAUUGCAUAUGAGUUUUUUCAAUAAUUAUUUUUUUUUAAUUUCAUUGUUCUUGAUGGAAAAUAGAUAUGAAUAACUUAUAAGAUUUAUUGAUAACAGACAAAAAGCACAACGAUUAAUUGGACAAUGUUUCUCAAUUAAAAACAUGAAUAUUUCUCUAUAAAAGAACAAUUAAAUACAAAAGAAAACAAUACUAAUACAGAGAUAUUUAAAUUAUAGGCUCAUAUCAAUAUUUGAACGUAUGUAUAAAUUGUAUAGUAAAGCAAAAGAUGAUAAUUUUUUUCUAUCAUCAGUAAAAAUGGAUUUCUAAUAAAUUUUAAGUAUUUUAUAGAUCCUCAGCUGACGGCUCUUAUACCCAAAGUAUAAAUAUUAAUUGUAAUUUGUAUCAUAAAGAAGGUUUUAUCGCGAAAAAUGAUUACAUACAUCACGAAAAAAAAAAAAACGGUGUAACUUAUUUUAUUUUCAUUACUGUGGGUUCUCAAUUAUUAAAAAUAAACUGAGAAUAUACUGCGAUAUUUAACAAGAACGUCAGCGAGCUAUUGCAUACAUACAUAAAAUAUUAUAAAUAAUAAAAUAAACUAUAAUUAAGGCAAUUUUGAAUAACAAAAUAGGCGGAGCUUGGUCAUUUUAUUACCAGUCAAAAAACAAAAAAAAUGGUAAACAAACGACGAGGUCUAAUUUUAAUUAUAAUUUUGUAUCUCGUUAGUAAUAAAGAAAACUGUAUAUCAGUAUCAAUGGAAAUAAUUGUAAACUAUUAAAGUUUAUCGGCUUGGCGAUAAAUUGACUAUAAUAAGGGCAUCCCGUCCUUUAUUUAUUUGUCCACAAACUUUACAUAAGUGAGUCAAGGCCAGUUUUGAUGUGCGACAAAUUAAAAAUAAAGUGGUCAGCUACUUAGUUUGAUAAUUAAACAGAGUAUUAUCUCUGUAUUAGCUGAAUAAAUAUAAAAAAAAAGAAAGCGAGAACAAAGGAAAAUUUAAAUAAUAAUGAUAAUAAUAAAAAAUGAAAUCAAAACAUUCCAUCCUCGCAAUUCAUUGUAAUCGGCUAGUUAAAUCUCGCGAUUAAAACGAAUCGAAGGAAUACAAACGGAAAUUCAUAUAAAUCAUUUAAUGUUUAUAUUUUCAUGAUAAAAA